AUGGCGGAAGCUUCAACGGAUGGCAAGGAAAGUCUUAAUCCUGAGGUUUCAUCACAGCCAAAUCUUAUUACUAAACAGAAAGGCUUUCAUCUUAUUGACCUGAUAUUUCCUAUCUACGAUCAGAUGAUGCAAGUUGCGAAUUAUCCCAGUUGGGUAUCGAGUGUAAUCACCAUUUUUAUUUCAUUACAAAUGGUGUUUGUCAGUCUAUGGGUUUAUUCACCUGCUGCAGAAAGGACAACAGGCUCUUGGACAAAAGUUUACAAAGUAAUAUUAAGCAUAUUAGCAUUUCAAGAUCCUCUUGACAAUACAACUAGUCAUAUGGAUGCCGCUUAUGCAUGCCUUGCCGUAUCAAUUAUAACAAGUUUAUGGCUUGUCUUCAUGAUCUUUUUUCAUUACAAGUUUUAUAUAAUUCCAAGAAUACUAACACAUAUAUCAGUGUUUGUGCUUGAUGUACUCGAGCUGAUAUUUCUAAUUCCGUCGUGCUACGUCUUAACCCAUGGAGUUUACGCUUUACAGACUGAAUACAACUCUGAUUACAUAUCAGAAAUAAUCAUUGGCUUGGUGUGCUUCCUAACAUGCUCUUAUCAUUUCUAUAAUGGCAUUUUUAUGAAAUCUCGAUCUGUUGUUUUGACAAAUUUAACAUUUCAGCUUUACGAUUACUUUGCUGUUUUCACAUGGUUUGGAUUUUCUACAUGCGAGCUAAUUCUCUCGCCGAUAUUACGAUAUUUUCCAGAUUGGUAUUUUAUUCCAUUAAUUUUCAUUCAUUUCCUCGUUGCCUUCUACUGCAGUGUCCGCAUUGCUUUUUUCCCAUUCUACACCCUAUUUAGGAAUCCUACGUGCAUGGCAAUUGCGAUUGUAACUUAUACUUUAGAUUUAUCAUUAUUAGUUCUUUGUUUUGCGAAGAAUUUAUCAUACAACUCCAUCAUAAUUGCUUUUCUCUUCAUGUUCUUAAUUUCUUAUCCAUUAAGUCGCUUGUAUUUUUCCAGACAAGAAAAUCGAAUCAAAAAACAACUCUCUUAUACAGAUGAUUACGAACGCAACAUUACAGAGUACUUUAACUCUCUUCCCAUCCUCAAACACCCAUUGUACACCCAGAUGUACGUUGUUGUCGGAAUGGGCUGCCUCUGCGACUACUUUGUCGAUGGAUCUCUGACUGAUUACAUAAUAAACAACGAUAUGAUGGAGUCAUCUUUGGCAACAAUGCUUCAAGUUGUCACUUAUUUCCCUUCAUAUCAGAUGAGAUUGAACCAAUUGUACAAAAUACUUCAGAACAAGAGGAAGCUGACAUUCGUAAACAGGUUUCUCAUAUACCAAAUAUCGAAAAUAAGGACAAGAAGGCUUACAACGUCUAAUAAAGAUUCAUUGGACGCUCUGAACAGAGUUAAACUGAGAAAUGAAGAAUGCAAGCUAGCAAUAAACUCUUUCUGGGACAAAACAAGCUGUACAUCUGCUUAUAUGACAGAGAUUUCUCAACACUUGUUCGAUACAAACAAUUACUUCAAAUAUGUCCUCGAAAAUAACCCAAACAAUGUCGGAAUUAACAACGAAUACAUAAAUUUCUUGGUAGAGGCAAAAUGCGACUUUGACGAGGCAAUUGACCAGUACCAGAGGACAGAAUCAAUCCUGGAGGGCCAAAAUUAUAAUGUAGAUGUAUCAUUUAGGUCGCUGGUCAAUAAAUUUCCAAAGUAUUUAACAGAUGGAAUCGUUGACGAGUUUGGUCGGUCAAAUCUGUCGUUUGAUAACGUAUCGGACAAGGAUACAGAGAUGAUGGAUGCGAUUAUCAAUGCCAAAUCAUCAGGAAGAUCGUAUAAUACUGAUGAUAAAGAUUAUAUUAAGGAUGAAGAAGGUGAUGAGCAUGUAGCGAGAAAGAUAUUGAGUCAUGCAAGGUCAAGACCUGCUUUGUACAGAGCAAUCAACGAUUCCAAACCAAGUCAUUCUUAUUACGACUUAGUUUUCUCUUUGGUUUGCCUUGUUAUGAACAUCUGCUUCAUUCUGAUAAUUUACUACAGCGCAAAAGAGAAGUUCUGGUGGCGAAGGGAGUCCUACCAACAGUUAUCUUUCGUAUCCAACUCAGUUUUCUAUGCUUACUACUCCAACUUCUACAUUCUGAGCCACUGGAGUGCAAUGAAUAACAGGUACGAGCACAGUAUGUCCUUGCUUGGUCCCACUUCAAAUGAUAACAAUAAUUUGUUGGUGAACAGCAGUUUAUCAUACGCCGAACUCAUUUACUAUUGUCUCGAUAAAGGCAGGACCAAUCUUAAAGAGAUUUUGGCCGAUUAUUCCACAAGAUCACAGAAGUGGAAUCCGUACCAAAUUUCCGGCGGCCUUAUUAAGGAACAGACACGCGUUAUUGGCUGCGAGGACUCAGAUCCAAACGCCAACAUCAGCGGCAGUUUGACUUCUCAGCUAAUUUUUGUGUUUUUCAAACAAAAUUUUUUGGCCGGCGAUUUCAAAACAACCGAAAUCGACAAUCUCUUCAUGAACGACCACUACUGCGGCAUUGCGAGCACUCUCAACUACGUUGUGAAUGCCACAAAAGAUGUCUUCAAGGACUUGCUUUCAUAUAACUUGAACAGGUCAUUGAAUUACCAGAAAGAGUUCAAACUGUGGAUGAUCAUCUGCUCUAUCCUUGUUUUUGUCCUCAACAUCCCUCCCUUUCUCGUCAUCAUCUACACCUACAAAGCGAUGAUAAACAACAUCAUCAAGAUACUUCUCAACCUGCCAUCGAAAAUAAAAGAAGAAGCGAAGGAACCAAUGAUGAUACACGGAACAACGAAUUCAGAAGUCAAAGCAGUUCUCAGACAGAGGAAUCCUAUCACUCGACAGAUCUUGAACACGAUCAACAUAAUCUUUGUUCUGCUGAUCAUCGUCUGCAUCAUCCUCCUGAGUUUCAACAACAUCAAACUCAACGACAGCAUGAACGACAUGAUAAAGUGGUACUACUACAGCAUUGCCAGGCUGAUCUACCUGAACGAGAUCGGAAACAACGCGAUACAGCUCAUUCUGCUCGGAAAAAACGAUCUGGAGCACAACUGCGUCAUUACGGAUGAGCUGAUAUUGGAUAUACAGAUGAACUCAAAGAGGCUGACGCAGAUAAACAACAUUCUCAUGAACGGAGACGAGACAACUUCGAAAUCAAUUGGAUACGACACUAGUCUCGACAUCCUCCAGCUGGAAAACAAGUGCAACGUGUCUGAGCCAGCGACGUACCACGAGAUGUACAGCUGCCUGAACACGUUCAGCCUGCUCAACUACUUCACAGACAUGAUCGACGACUUGAUCAACCAGGAGAAGCUGAGGAGCGGGAACUUGACGACAGAGUUCGGAGAAAAUCUGAUCCACAUACUGGAGCACCACUUGUAUCCAGAUGUGCUGAAUGUGUGCGACAGAUUGAGUUAUCUGCUGGAGAACAAAUUCGACCAAAUCCUGUUUCAAUCUGUAAUUUACCUUUUGCUUGGAGCGAUUUGCGUUUUCGCCAAUUUCGCUUUCGAUUUGACAUACGUGAACUCAUUUAACGUCGCGUACAGAUCAUUGCUCAGACUGAUGCAGAGACUGCCGCCACAGACACUUGUGUCUUCUUCUGAUUUGAUCAAUUUCCUGAGGAGAAACACGACGAAAACGAGGGAAAACGAGAAUUGGUCGAUUUCGAAAGGAAUCGUAAUGAGUGCAAGUGAGUGCGUGAUUGUCACAAACACAAUGGGAGUGAUAGAAAUAGUCAAUCCAGCAGUGAACACAAACUUGGGAAUGACUCCAGACCAAAUGCUUGGCCAGAACAUUUCGAAUUUCGCUGUUUCCGGAGACAAAAACAAAAUCAACUCACUGUUUUCUUCGCUUUCCGAGAGCCAGAACUCAGCCCAGGACCAAAACCACUUCAUCAAUGACUCCAGCCGCAGCAUUCCGUUCAAUGUCUCCCGCUUCUUAGUGAAGGAGGAGAAGGAAGUUUCCUUUGUUUUCAUCAUGACGAAUAUCUUGGACGAAACAAAGAAGAGGAAGGCAGCAGAGACAGCGAAAGCAAAGUCAGAGAAACUGCUCUACCAGAUACUUCCUAAAGACAUAGUACUCAGAUUGAACAGAGGCGAGAAAGACAUCUCAUUCAACAUAAACCACUCUUCCGUUUUCUUCAUCGACAUCGUGAAGUUUUCUCAGUAUUCCAGUCAUCUGAGUCCGAGCGAAAUCAUGCAGAACUUGUCUCUGGUCUUUAACAAUUUCGAUAAGAUUGUUGUGCAGUUCCCUCUUGUUAACAAGAUCAAACUAAUUGGAGAUGUCUACAUGGCUGCUUCCGGAAUAUUCCACCAAGAUAACUCUAAGGAAGAACACGCGGAAAGUGCAGUAAAAUGCUGCCUGAAGUGUUUGAAAUCGAUGGAAGACAUAAACACGAAACUUAAUUCGUCUUUGGAGCUCAGAAUCGGAAUAAAUAGCGGAGGCCCUUUGAUUGGAGGAGUUCUGGGUGCUGACAAACCAACAUUCGAUAUUAUUGGAGAUCCAAUAAAUGUCGCAGCAAGAUUGCAAUCUUCUGACAUCCCAGGAAGAGUACAAAUUUCGCAGUCAAUAAAAGAACUAAUAAAAAGUAAUGAUUUCACAAUCGAGGAAAGAGGAGAAGUAUUCUUGAAGGGAAAAGGAAACCAAAUAACUUAUUUCAUUUAUUAUGCAAAUAGAGCGCUUUCUGAGGAACAGUUCUCUUUGAAUAUGUUCUCUGGGGCAAUUUAA